AUGCGCCAGGGCUGUGACGCCACCAAGAUACUUGGACACCAGCGCUGGACACAGGAGGAGGGAAUAACUGCACGCCACUUCCAAUUAGUUGAGCCACUGCCGUUGACCCGGUACGAGUUUCAGGUGAGGUGCACCUGUGUGGAGGUCAUGAGCCCCUGGAGUAACCUCACACUGGACACGCCUCAAGCAGCUCCUGUGGAUUUAGUAGACAUAUGGACAGACUGUGGCCUCUCCUCACACACACCCUGUAACAUCACUUGGAAGGAUCCUGAUAGGUCUCUCCAGAGGGCCAAUCUUGAGGGAUUUGAUUUCCGUGAGGAGUUCCAAAACGGAACCGUGCGGAAGUGGACCGUCAGCAGGUCGCCUGUGGUCAGCAACUCACUAGGGGUCACCCAGCCCGCCUGCAUCAACUUGGCCUUUCACACAGAAGUGCCAUCCAUGAAGUUCACAGUCACAAGAGAGGGAGAGCAGGGUUUGACUGCUUCCUGGUCUCCGCCCCCUCACUUCUCUGAGCAUGUGCAGGAGUAUGUGCUUCAGAGACGGCGGGCGGGACUUCCCUUCUCAGAUGAAUUUGAUUGGAUCAGAGUCAACAGAGACAAGAAUGCCACUCUUCUUAAAGGUCAGUUCAGGAACUGCACGCCGUAUGACAUCUCUCUAUUUGUCCUGAUGCUCAACCAGACCACCCAGAUGAUGGCAUCUACUGUGGCUUUUAGCUUCCAGUGUGUUCCUCCUGAGGUUCCGUUUGACGUCCAGUGCAGACAAGACUCGGCCUUAGUCUCCUGGGCACACACUGCACUGAAGGACACAGUCGGACAUAUGCUGCGCUACAGACUGCAGCUUAACAACAAUACAGUGUACCAUGCGGAGGGCACCCAGUUCCUGCUGCUGGGUCUGCAGCCUGCCCAGACCUAUGAGCUCACCCUGCAGGCAGAGACGGGGGCUGGAGUGGGGCACAUCAGAAGGCUCAUUUGCACCACCUCAACACCACCAGGUUUCCCCGUACAAGUGGUGGUGUGGUUUCUCGCAGCAUGUGUGUGUUGCCUCUCUGUUGGAUGCUGGAUCUACAAGACCCGCGUCCUCCACUGUGGUUAUGUGCCAGACCCUAAGCAUAGCCAGCUACUGCAGGAGCUCAACCACCUGUGGCAUCCCGUGCAGUUCUGCUCUCUCUCCGAGCCUGUCUUGAAGGGCUCUCAGUUGGAAGUCGUCCCUCUUCCGGAGAAGACGGACCCUCUGUGGCUUCAGACCAAAGACCGUCUGCACACGCCACGCGGCACAGAUUACCCUUACCCGGACCCCAGAGAGCACUUCUACCCCAACAGAGAGCACCUGCACCUGGACACCACACACCUGUCUGGGCCGGACGACUGGCCGCACACGGAACAGGAGUGGCACCACAUCCCACAGGAUGAGGAGGACCAGGAGGAGGUGCAGGAGGAGGAGGAAAGGAGCUCAGACAGUGGCUUCUGCAGGACAGGGGAGUACAGCGACAGCCAUCUGCUGGAGGAUGAGGAUGAGCUGAGGAGUGCAGAGAGAGAGGAGGAGGAGGAAAGUGACUAUGAUGGGUGGAGAGAGGAGGAGGAGGAGGAGGAGGAGGAGGAUAGCUGGGACUUGUUCCAGAAGCCCAACUCGGACUACGAGAGACACAUGCCUGUGGCCCACUGCUAACUCCUCCUUGGGCCGAUAAGUCCCCUCCUACCUCACCGCUGACCUCCGGCCUCUGAGGCCACAGCAUGGACAUGGACUCGUUUUUCUCCUAAGGAACGAGAACUUCUCACGGAAACGUUUUCUCCUAAGGAGAACUUCUCACGGAAACGUUUUCUCUUGAGGGGAACCCCUCAGGGAAACAGGUUCCUCGGUAUUGGAGAAGAAAAUAACUUCCAGAGAGAGAGCCGUUCCUCAGAUUCCAAACUAGCUCAGGUGGUGUUUACGAAUGAAAACGAUGCAACCGGUGAUAUUUUUCUAGAUGCUUAUAUUUUAGAUGCAAAUGGUGAUAUUUUUCUAGAUGCUUAUAUUUUAGAUGCAAACAGAGUUUUUAAAAACUCCCGCUAGAGUGGAGAUUUUGGAAAAUUUCGGUUGCACGUUUACAUGUAAACUGACAAAAACGGAGGUUUAGGCAGCCAACGUCACAUUAGGCCUAUGCACCAAAAGUACAACCUGUGUUUAGCCUAAAUUUUAAUUUGGCUAUGGUGAUCAUGGAUGCAUUCAGAGUGGCAGUUGCAUUUAUGUUGGUGCAAACUCUUUUUGUCUGUUUGCAAUUGCAAAUACAGUUUAAAAGACAAAGAGGAACUGAUUUGUUGCUGUUGUUGCUAUUUUUGGGAUUCUGAUUGGCUAACGUGGGCUUGAGCUUGUCGUUCGCUUUAGAGCCGUUUAUGAAAAUAGCCGGCCACGUGUAAAUGUAGCCUCAGGGAAGACAUUGACACACAGGAGGGUUUUCAGGAAGAUUUGCACCUUUCAGCGUUUCCUCUGAAACAGAACCUUACUGUAGGCACUGGGUAUUGAGCACCGGGUGUUGACCACUGGGUUGACCAGUGAUUGGUUGACCAGUGAUUGAUUGACCAGACCAACUGUCACUGGAUCACUGGUAUCACUGGUAAGGGGUGAGGGGUCCGCUUGACUGGUCGGGGAUGAGGGGUCCGCUUAGUUAGUGUAGCUUAAGGAGGUCCGACCGAACAUGAGAACCCCUCAGCGUUCCCGCUGACACUGAGUCUUACACUGUGUGUGGUUGGCUGAUCGGACCAGACCGGGCGAGGGGGCCCAGUCAGUGGAGCUUAGAAAGAGGUCCGACCCUCAGCCAGGCUGUCCAUUUACCCUUCAACAGCUGACUUUGGCGGCGUAUUGUGCACCUGUACACCACGCGGCUAUGGUGGCGUCCUGUACACCACAUGGCUAUGGCGGCGUCCUGUACACCUGUGCAACUGUACACCACACGGCUAUGGCGGCGUCCUGUACACCUGUGCACCUGUACACCACACGGCUAUGGCGGCGUCCUGUACACCACAUGGCUAUGGUGGCGUCCUGUACACCUGUACACCACACGGCUAUGGCGGCGUACUGUACACCUGUACACCACACGGCUAUGGCGGCGUACUUUACACCAUAUGACUGAAUGCUUUUGUGCUUGAAAACUGGAGUUGUGGCCUUUGAACUUCAGCUUGUUUUGUAUUAUUAGCGCCUCAUGGUCCUCACUAGCCCCCAUUACAGCCUAGGAAGCCUGGCUCAGGCUUACACUGGGCUAGGCCCAGGACCUUCGCUGCUGGUGCUCUAAGCUGUUUCACAAUCUCGGAACGGAUAGCUGAGGCGUCUUUUUCUCUCAGAUACUCCAUGUUUAGCUGUUAAGAAAGGAUCUGAAAAAAACACUGUUUACUGCACAAUUGCCAUAUAUUCUAUAUUUUUAAUAACAUCCAAUACUUGAAAGUGCCAUAAGGAUCUUCAAUGUAUUAUUUUCCACUGCCCAGUUAUUUUGUAAUGUCAAGCUCAGAUUUUUGAUAUGUGACGUUUUACAUAGAAAAUCAUUUAUCUGCAUUGUAUUUUGUCUAUUAAUGUAUGUUUUCUAUUAAACGUGUUAUAUCUCUUGAAUAAAAGUUGUGAAGUAGCUUUU